CCCUCCGACGAUCACGUAAAGAGAGCAGCCUUAUUAGGCACGAAGUAGGUGUGAGGUCACACAAGUUCUCAGGGAAAAGCGAAGUGGCUUUUCUUACUCUGCGUUUGCCAGACAGGAAAAAAGGCUCCUGCUCUGCAGCUUUCAGCGUCCUCUGUGCUCCCAGCUGCCUGGGAGUUAGGGAGGCGGUAGUCACAAGUGUCCAAUCUAAAUCAUCGAAACUUUCUGGCACUUGGUUCAAAAGAAAAAAAAAUCUGUACUGAGGAGCAAAGACUCCUGAAGUCACAGUAGGUCUGACCUCAGGUUAGAAAUGGUCUGAAGAGCGAUUUUAACUGGACGUCCUCUGAAUCCCUGGCUGGACACUGUAACCUAAGAAGGAUGAUCGAUAUCCAACGGCCCUCCCCAUUAGCCGGCUGCGGGGGGAGAGCUCCAUGCGCACACAUGCCUCUCAGAAUCGCCCACCACCCGCGGAAGGCGAAUGGCCCGGACAGGAGGAUGGAGCCGCAGGGGGGCGCGGGGAAGGCUGGCCAGCGCUCCUGGAAGCUCGCUUCCAUCUCCAGGUCCCUGAUCCUGUGCCGUUCGGUGACCAGCGACGACAGCAGCAGCCCGGAGGAAAAGUACAGCCAACCGGGGGCAGGGAGAGGGGACGGGGGGAGGCAGCGGUGGGACUGUCAGGAAGCUGCCUUGCACGCCAGCACCCGGUCGGCCUCCCCGAGGAUUCCACCACGAGGCAGCCCUACCGUGACCUCUGGGGGCCCACAAGAGAUCUCCAAACGGACCUUCUCCUUUAAGAGGAGCAGUAUCUGGAGAAUGUGUGUGGCUGGUGAAGAAGGCCCAGGAACCCAUACUGGCCAUCAUAACACCCUGCCUGCUGAAAGAGGCCUUACUGUACACUGCACCAAAAACGGAGGGGCGCUGCACAGGGACAGUUACCUCCAGCCGGGAGCCGAUCCCCUUCUAGCCAAUGGGAAGCUCCGUGGCGGACGUGCCGAGGUGGAGGAAGAGCCAGCAGUGGGGUCACGUGCCAGGGCAUCUCACACGCUGGCAUGCAGUGAGGAGUCUUUGAUGAGUGAAAAUAGUACCACGCUGGUCAACAGUGGAGUCCCGUUAAUGGCUCCUGCUGUGAGAGACGGAACACACAUCCUCACCAGCUACGGUCGUAAGGAGCAAACUGGGAAAACGGUCACACUGAGGGACCCCAUUGUGGAGGCCAGCUGUGGGGAGACUGGUCACAGCUGGGAUGUGGAGAAGGCAGAGAAGGGUGACCAGGGGAACCAGUCUAACAGUCCGAAGACACAGUCUAAUUCCACCACCGUCAGUCCCUACUGGAUCGGCGACUUGGACACGUUGAUUCUGAAGACUCCAGAGAUCUCCCGUGGCCAUCGCCAGGGGCACACUCGCUUUUACGGAAACAGGAAGUCCCUGUCUCAGCAGUUGGAAUUUCCUCAUGGAUUUUCACAGGCUGUUCCGAGACCCUCCCGCUCCUUGAGUUCGGCUCACCUGGUCCACCUCAGCAGCAGCGGCAGCAUGCAAGCCUUCAUCAUCUGUAACGUCGUCCUGAUGAAGGGUCAGGGAAAGGGUUUGGGCUUCAGCAUUGUCGGCGGGAAGGACAGCAUAUGUGGGCCCAUGGGUAUCUAUGUCAAGACCAUCUUUCCGGGUGGAGCAGCAGCAGCAGAUGGCAGGCUGCAGGAAGGAGAUGAGAUUCUGGAACUGAACGGCGAGUCUCUGCAUGGCCUGACUCAUGAAGACGCUUUGCAUAAGUUCAAACAAAUCAAGAAGGGCCUCCUGAUGCUGGUGGUGCGGACGAGCCUGCGGCCCGGGGUGCUGUCCAGCCAGGCUCAGGCCGCCCAGCUCUGCCGUUCCCGGUCCCUCAGCUCCAGCACGGGGAUCAGCAGGGCCAGCGCAGACAUGAGUGACUGCAGCUUUACAGCCACGCCAGCCAAACCCCAGGACCGCAUUGUGAUGGAAAUCUCACUGCAGAAAGAAGCCGGUGUGGGACUUGGAGUUGGACUCUGUUGUGUCCCGUCAGGGGAGGGCUGCCCUGGAAUUUACAUCCACACUCUCUCGCCGGGAUCGGUAGCCCACAUAGAUGGGCGACUCAGGUGCGGGGACAAGAUCAUGGAGAUCAAUGACACCGUGGUCUACAACAUGACGCUGAACGAGGUCUACACGGUGCUGAGUCAGUGCAGCCCCGGUACGGUUCGGGUCCUCAUCAGCCGGCACCCCGACCCCAAGGUCUCAGAGCAGCAGCUGAAUGAGGCAAUCGCUCAGGCUGUGGAGAGCAGCCGGAUGAAGAGAGACAGGAGCCAAUGGAGUAUAGAAGGUCUGAGGAGACCAUCCCCCUGCUCCCACGGGAGGCUGAGAUGUGAGAAUUGUGUUGAAAGGAGCUUCUUGCAGCCUGGAGGCCGCCGGGUCCCAAAACUGAUGACCCGCUCAUGCAGUGACAGCACCUACAACUACCGCAUGCUAUGCAGCUCCUGCAGUCUGGUCCACAGCUACACGCAAUCAGACCCCAAGGCCAGGGUCCACAGCAUGGACAUCCCACUGCCGGCGUCACCAGUAUCAGGGUCCGGGUCCUGGCCUGACAGUAAACCACCUUCAUACCAGGACUACAAUGUUCCCCUUAGCUCCUCUGACACAGUCCACAGUCUUCACCCAUUAGACUUGAGGAUCAGGAGCUCGAAGACUCUAGGAUCUGACCCCACAAGCCCCACCCAGACUCAACUGGACAGAUUUGACUCACAGGGAUCCAGCAGAGAUUCCCUGGACGAUGCCUGGCCUCGUCCCCAAUCAACAUGCCAGUUUUUUUGCAGUAUUUACAUGGCUUUAAGAAAGAUUCCAGAAUUGCUAUUUAAACAUGAAGCAGUCGGCGGGCUGGCUGAGACACCGAGGGCGACACACACAAGUCCCUUAGCUGUCCUUGCAGCUUCAGAGGCGACAGAUCUCUCCUCCAGAGGAGACAGCAAGCACAAAGGUCUUAAGCCUGCCCUUCACGUGUGCUCCCAGAGUAAGAGGCCUCUGUUGAGGAGGCAGGCCUGUGUGGAGCUACACCAGGACAGCCAAGCACAGGAGCCCCAGGUGAAGGUGACCCCCUACAUCGGGACAACGCACAGCCCAGCCGCCAUGAGUGAGGAGAAUGGGAUGGCAGACGUCAAUGGUCCCGCCUUGCCUGAGAGCAGUGAGGCGGACCAGGACCUCAGUACAGCGAAGGCGGAUGAAUCGUUGAGUGUGAAAAAGGGUCCGCCUGUGGCACCCAAGCCCACCUGGACUCGGAAGAGCCUGGUAGGGAGGCUACAGGCAGAAUCCAGCAGAGUUUCUGAUAAGAAGCUCCCUGAUGUGGGAAGGACUUUCGGGGUGAGCUUGAGAAGCACCUCAGCAUCGGCUAAUCUGUCCUUCAAACAAAAGAUCCACUCAUUCGAGUCCUUCUCUAGUUCAGAGGGACCAGAAAGGGGCAGCCGACGUCUUGCUUCUUCCACAUCGUUGCCUUUAGCAGAGAAAUCGCGCCCUUGCAACACAGGAAGUGGGCCAAGCAGCAGAUCUACAGUGGCUAACUCAGUCAAUGAGCACAGGGCCUCCCCGUCUGUUCCCACACAGCUGGUCUCUGACUGUCCUCCAGGAGACACCGCCACGGCAAGAAGGCAUUCUGCUGUUUCCAAAGUCAUAUCCAGCUCAGAAGAGACCAUUCCAGAGGAAACAUCUCAAGAAGCUCCAGCUCCAACAGCAACUUCUCCAGAAGAACCUGCUCCAUCAGAGAAUUCUACAGACAGAAUUUCUUCAGCGACAACAGCUCCAAAGGCGUCUUUCACAGAGGCAUUUACUCCAGAAACAGCUUCUCCAGAUGAGCCUGUUCCAGAGGCAGAUCAAGUCUCCAUUUCAGCUCCAGAGCCUAAGGUUGAAAGCUUGAAGGAUGACGUCUUGGACAGGCCUUUGUCAUCCAAGGAGUCCAUUGCGAUCGCCAAGCAGCAGAAUCUGCGGACAAGAAGCCUGCCACUGACGACUCCUGAGCUCUCCACGGAGGCCUCCACCACCCGGCUGUUUGAUAAUGAAAGUCUGGGGAAGAUCUUGUCUUUCAGCAACAAGGUGUCGCACGCGUUGAUCCGCUCAAUGCGCUCCCUACCUCAGUCCCCGUGCUUCCGCCUUGGAAACCCUUGGAGCCAAACUCCAGGAUCCCCUCUGACCAAGACAGACGAGGACCCUUCAACUACGGAAACCGCCCCCUUCUCCCCUGGAGCUGACUGCAGUGAAAAGGGGUUCUCUGUAAGUCUGGCGGAGCUCCGUGAGUGCACCAUAAAGUGGGAAAGCGACACCUGCGAAGAUGGCAACUGGGAGAGAACCUUGCCGAGCUCCUCGACCAACUGUGCCCAGUCGGUCAUCUCUGUCAUCCUGCCCGAGGAGAUCGAAAGGAUGAUCCAAGAGGUUGAGGCCCUGGAUGAGGAGACCCUGAAGCAAUUUGAAGAUAUCCAAGUUGUGAUUUUACACAAAGAAGAGGGGGCUGGCCUGGGUUUCAGCAUCGCCGGGGGUGUGGACUGUGAGAACAAAGAAACCAUUGUUCACAAGGUGUUCCCCAGCGGACUGGCGGCUCAGGAGGGCACGAUAGAGAAGGGGGACGAGGUGCUCUCCGUCAACGGGCAGACUCUGAAGAACUUGAACCAUGCCGAUGCCACAGCCAUCCUCCGGCAGGCCAGGACGAUGAAGCAAGCCGUAGUGGUCAUCUGCAAGGCUGGAGAGGGCGAGGCAGGAGCUGGGCUCUCCAGCGACGCGGCCGGCGGUGGCCCAGACCAGAGCGGAGCUGACGAAGGUGGCGGCGAGAUCCUAACCGUCCAGCUAGAGAAGAGUGCAGGGGGCGUGGGCUUCAGCCUUGAAGGAGGCAAGGGCUCAAUCAACGGAGACAGACCCCUGCUGGUGAACAGGAUCUUUAAAGACCUAAGCUGCAUCCAACUAGGCGACGAGAUCCAGCAGGUGCAGGACACGUCUCUGCUGGGUCUACCACGGUUUGAGGCCUGGAGCAUCAUCAAGGCUCUGCCCGAUGGGCCCUUCACAGCCAUCAUCAGGAGGAAGGGGGGCGAGAUGGGCUGAGAGAGCACCGUGUGGGUCGCACCAAGCAAGACCUCACAAGGAAGCCUGUCCUGUGUGACACGUACGGCUUGGCCCUCCAGCGAGGGAGGGGUCUUCUCUUCAUUAUCGUAGGAACGGUUUCUGAACCCUAGAAGGUAUAAGGAAGUUCAAGUCUGUUUACACUUUUUACAAAUCAAAUCAGGGAAAACCAUAUUUUUUUUUUUUUUGGAAUUUAUGGAAGGACUGCAAAAACAGAAAAUCAUUGCAUUGUAUCCAUAUACAUAUAUGAUAAGUAAUAAAAAAUGAACAGGAUUAUGCAAAAUAAACAGUUAGUCCAAUGCAUCAUAUUUGCAUACAUGUUCCAUGUAUGAUUUUGGUUUUUUUAAAUUAACACAAUCCAGAACUCAUUCAGCAUAAAAAACCUACACAACAAUAACAGAAAUGAGGUCACAUGUAGGCCUGUGAGCGUAGCUGAGAGACAAUGCCAGAUCACACCAAUAUCACUGCUCAUUUGGCCAGAUGCCAAAUAGCAUUUUGCUCAACCUUUCACUCCUGCAAGAAUUUAGAGGUAAAGCUAAGUAUAUAAAUGUGUCUUAUUUUGUAUAGGUCAGAUAUUUAGGCUGAAAGAGGAAGUGGAAUAUAUAGUCGUGAAAAAAUUAGGACCCCCAUUAAAUAUUUAGUUCUUAAUUAAGAAAUAUCAAUGUAAUAACAUCACCUAUGCAGAAACAAUAAAGAAAUGCAGUUAUUUAACAAAAUUAAUUAACUAAGAUGCCAAUUUCAACUGAGGAAAAAGUUACGUCACCUAAUGCAUAAUCGCUAGUAUGUCCCCUUGACUGAAAUAAGCUAAUUAGACGUUUCCUAAACACAUCUGUAAAUCUUUGACAACGACUGGCAGAAAGUUUUCCCCACUCUCCAGUACAGAAUUCCUUAAGCUGUGUGAUGUUUGAAAGAUGUCUCACAUGCACAGCCCACUUCAACUUACCCCACAGCUUCUCAAUAGGAUUCAGAUCUGGGCUUUGACUCGGCUACUCCAGCACUCCUCAUUCCUUUCUUCUAUACUAUUCCUUGGUAGAUUUGCAUGUGUGAUUGAUGUGUUGCAUGGUCCACGCACUCUUCAGCUUCAACUUCUGGACAGACAAUCUCACAUUGUCCUCGAAGACCCUCUGACACGAUGAAGACUUCAUAGUGGGUUCUAUGAUGGUGAGCCGGCCAGGUUCUGCUGCAGCAAAGCAGCCCCAAACCUUGACAUUUCCACCCCCAAGCUUCACAGCUGGUAUGAGGUUCUUUUCCUCAAAAGCUGCCUUUGGUUUACGCCAAACAUGUCCUCUGUUACUGUGACCAGAUAAUUCAGUUUUAGAUACUUCUGCCCAAAGCAGGUUGUUCCUGAACUCCUGGUCUUUGUCUAAGGGAGUCUCUGGUGAACUUCAGUCUUGCUCUGUUAUUUUUUUGAUGGCAAGGGUUUCCUCCUUGCACACCUCUCAUGUACGUCAAACUUGUGCAGUCUCUUUCUGAUAGUAGAUGCAUGUACCUUGACAUCAACUGUGGUAAGAGCUUCCUGUACGUCCCGUGAUGACAUUUUAGGAUUUUUAGACUUCGUUCAGCAUCUUGCAGUUUGCACUUGGGUGAACUUGCUAGGACGGCCUGACCUGGCCAUGUUGGCAGUUGUUUUCAAUGUUGUCCACUUGUAAAUUAUUUUCUGGACAGUUGAAUGGCUGAUUCCAAACCCCCUUGAGAUCCUUUUAUAUCCUUCCCAGACUCAUAUGCAUCUCUAAGCUUCUUUUUGAAGGCCUCAGAAAACUCUUUGAAUCUCACCAUGGUAAUACCACUCACUUCAGCUAACUAGAUGUCUGUGGUUUAAGUAAGACCGGCUCCACAAAAAAGCUCCGUAAUGAUGUUCUAAUCAUUUUCACCUCAUGUGGUGUACCAUAAUCUGAUUAUAGGCAUUUUAAAUAGUAAUGGCUGUGAGGGUGUCUUAACGUUUUCCUCAGUAGGAAUUGCCAUCUUAGUUAUUUUCUUUUGUUAAAUAAGUUUAUGUUUCUUACUUUUGCAUAAGUGAUGCAAUUACAUCACUUUUAUCUACAGAUAUCAUUUGAGAGAAGAUUCUAUAUUGAUAUGUUGAUAUUUCUUAAUAAAGAACUAAAUAUA